UGUUGGUAUAGAGAGAGAGAAGUGUUGGUGUUAGUGUAGAAGAGAGAGAGAGAGAGAGAAAAAAAAGGAAGUUAAGGAGAGAAGAGAGAGAUGAGUGUUACAAGCAGCCCCUACACGGCCUUGGCCAUGGCUGCCGUCGCGGCCGUGCUGCUAUACUUCCUCCUCCGACCAUCCCACAGAAACAGGGGCGGACUCCCGCUCCCCCCGACGCCGGGCUGGGCGUGGCCGGUCCUCGGCCACCUUCCCCUCCUCGGCCUCAUCCCCCACCACUCCCUCGCCGCUCUUGCGAAAAAGCACGGCCCCCACUUCCUCCUCCUAAACCUCGGCACCACCUCCCCCACCCUCGUCGUCUCCUCCCCUGCAGCGGUGCGCUCCCUCCUAAAGUCUCUCGACCCCCUCGUGUCCUCCCGGCCCCCGAACGCUGGCGCCACCCAUAUGGCCUACAAUUACCAGGACCUCGUGUUCGCCCCCUACGGUCCGAGGUGGCGGCUGCUGCGCAAGCUCUGCAACGUGCACCUCUUCUCCCAGAAGGCCCUCGACCACUUCUCCAGCGUCCGGGAGUCCGAGGCUCAGGACCUGGUCAGCAGACUCUCCAGCAGCCGCUCCGCCGCCGUCACGAUCGGACCGAUGCUCACGGACUGCACGACCAACGCGCUGGGACGGACCAUGCUCGGGAGGCGGGUGUUCGUUCCGGGAGAGGGGGGAGAGUUCAGGGAGAUGGUGUUGGAGCUGAUGGUUUUGGCUGGGGUGUUCAAUAUUGGGGACUUUGUGCCCGAGCUUGAAUGGUUGGAUUUGCAGGGGGUGGUGAAGAAGAUGAAGAGGUUGCACAAGAGAUUUGAUGACUUCUUUGAGAGGAUGAUAGAGGAGAAUAGCAAUGGAGGUGAGAUGUGCUUUCUCGGUGUUUUAAUGGCUUUGAAGGAGGAUGCAGAUGGGGAGGGAAGCAAGAUCUCACGACGGGAGAUCAAGGCGCUCUUAAUGGACUUGUUCACAGCGGGCACGGACACAUCAUCCAGCACGGUUGAAUGGGCCAUCGCAGAGCUCAUCCGCCACCCCAGCCUCCUCGAUGCCCUUCAACUCGAGCUUGACUCAGUAGCCGGUCGUGACCGCCUGGUCCUCGAGUCGGACCUCCCAAACCUCACCCUUCUCCAAGCCAUCAUCAAAGAGAUCUUUCGCCUCCAUCCCUCGACCCCGCUCCUCCUCCCCCGCAUAGUUGCUGAGGAUUGUGAAGCCAUGGGAUACCAUAUCCCAAAGGACACCCGUGUUCUCAUAAACGCAUGGGCCAUCUCUCGAGACCCAGAUGUCUGGAAAGACCCCCUUGAGUUCAAGCCUGUCGAACGUUUCAUGCCUGGCGCCCCAACCGCUCAUAUGGAUGUCAAGGGAAAUGAUUUCGAGUUCAUUCCCUUUGGAGCCGGGCGACGUAUAUGCGCCGGAAUGAGUAUGGGCAUACGGAAUGUGCAGUUCCUCACUGCCGCGUUGGUGCAUGCUUUCGACUGGGAGUUGCUGGAGGGGGAGACGCCGGAGAAGCUGAACAUGGAGGAGGUGUAUGGGCUCACUUUGCAGAGGAAGGUGCCUUUGGUUGUGAAGCCCAAGCCUAGGCUUGCACCCCAUGUGUAUGCUAAUGCAGCUAAAUAAAUGGGUACCAUAUUUAUUUCAAGUGGUUAGGCCAGGCCCAUUUCUUUGUGAUGAGUGAAGGGCCUCAUGCAUAAAUUACUUCCCUGCCUCCCAUCAUAUAGCUACAAGUGUGUGCCCCUUUGUAAUUUCAAGUUUAAGAGUAUCAAUGUGAAAUGUGUUGAGACCUAGCCUGAUUCCUCAGGCUUAGAUAUUUACAAUCACAUGACAGAGAGUACCACACUUUGGAUUA